UUUUAACUUUUUCUUCGAAGUUAUGGCAAAUUAUAUUAACAAGAAUGUGCCUCGUGUUGCUAUUGGUGCUUUUUAUGGUCAGGAAAAUUGUGAUAUCACUUUAUCUGUUACUUCAGCCAAAGAUACUGGUCAUGAUUUUAUAAUACUUCCUAUAACUCAUUCUAAUUAUAAACGAUUUUUGUUUGACCAAGUUGAUAAAGACAUUAAUGACAUGCAAGUUAAUGAUAACACAUUUAACAAUGAUAAACAACAUAUGGAAGAAUGGAGAAAAGGGCAUCCGUUUUUAAAAGAUGAUUUGAUCAUAAAGGAUAAUGAACAUACAGAUUAUUUAGUUGGGAAAAUUUCAGAAUGGAUCGACUUAGAUUCUUCGAAUCAUCGAGUUAGAACAAAUUCUGAAAUAGCUUUAAAUCAACAAAUAUCAUGGGUGUCACAUUUAGGUUUUACAGCUAUUUUAGCACCAACACCAACAAAUUCUUUUGCUAAUUAUGCAAGAAGUUUAAAUAGAAUUCUUGGAAGUUUGACUUACACGCAUGUUUGGAUGAGGAUACCUUUAGUCAAUGAAGAUAUGUCCUGCUCAAAUGAGAUUGAAAUGUGGGAACGUUGGAACAAGCUUAGGACGUUUUGCGAGAAUCAUUCUAAAUUGUCUGUUGCACUGGAAUUGCCAGUAGAUCUCCCUGACGAAGUUUAUCUUGAAAGAUGGUUUGCUGAACCCAUUAAGGCUGUAAUAUUGCCCACGAAAAUAUUUUUAACCAAUGCUAAGGGUUAUCCCGUAUUGAGUAAAAAGCAUCAAACAUUUGUUAAGAAAUUAAUUAAAAAUAAGCCAAAUUUUGUUAUUUUCGACGACAUGACUAAUAAACAUCAGAAUGGUGGGUUUGCCUCAUAUCAGGAAUAUAUACGACAUUUAAAUCGCACAAUGCCUGAACUUGAUCAAAUAGAGCAAUUUGCUAGCGGAUACCAAGAUUUCCUACAAUCACCUUUACAGCCAUUAAUGGAAAAUUUAGAAUCUUCCACAUAUGAAAUAUUCGAAAAAGACCCAGUGAAAUAUGCACUUUACGAGAAGGCUGUAUAUCAUGCUCUUCUUGAUCGUGUUGCGCCCGAAUCAAACCAAAUAACUGUUAUUAUGGUAGUUGGUGCUGGUCGUGGUCCCCUAGUUACAAGAAGUUUACAAGCGGCUGAGAAAGCAAAGCGAAAUGUACGAAUAUAUGCUGUUGAAAAAAAUCCAAAUGCAUUUGUUACAUUGCAGAACAUGAAAUCUCAAGAAUGGGGUGAUAAGGUGACGAUUGUAUUUGGUGAUAUGCGUAAAUGGAAAUCUCCUGAACAGGCUGAUAUACUUGUCAGUGAACUUCUAGGUUCAUUUGGUGAUAAUGAAUUGUCACCAGAAUGCUUAGAUGGCGCGCAGAAAUUCUUAAAAUCUGAUGGGAUAUCAAUUCCGUCUUCCUAUUCAACAUUUAUUUCUCCCCUUUCAUCAUCGAAGCUUCAUAGUGAAGUUUCUGCAUAUAAAGAUCUCACACAUUUCGAGACUCCCUACGUUGUAAUGCUUCAAUCUGUUGCUAUAUUAGCAAAACCUCAAGAAAUUUGGAAAUUUGAGCAUCCAAAUGGAUUAAUGAUAAUAGAUAAUGAAGGAAAUCCUAUAAAUAACUAUCACAACACAAGAUACUCGAAAAUUACUUUUAAUGUAAAAAAUGGUGGAAUAUUACAUGGCAUCGCAGGAUAUUUUGAAUCAGUAUUAUAUAAAAAUAUCAUAAUGAGUAUUCUUCCAGAAACACAUUCCGAAGGAAUGUUUAGUUGGUUUCCAAUAUUUUUUCCUCUAAAGACACCAAUUUAUUUGCCUUCAAAUUCAACUAUAGAUAUUCAUUUUUGGAGAUUAUCAAGUUCACAAAAAGUAUGGUACGAAUGGUGUGUAGAUACAUCAUUUGGAUCCUCCUUCAUACAAAAUGUAGGGGGUAGAUCAAGUUGGAUUGGACUAUAACUGAAUUUUCGUUAUAAUUCAAUUAAAGUAUCAAGUAUAAAAUAAUAAAGGAUGAUUUAAUAUUAAAAAAAAAGUACUAUAAAAUUGUGGAAUAAAUGAAAAUAAAGAAAAUAGGUUAAAUUAUUCAAUAUAUUGAAAAAAAAAAAUAAUUCUAA